AUUUCCUUCCCAGCUGGGCCGCUGAGUAGUGACGCUCUGUCCCCUACCUGUUCACCCAGACAGCUUGUUGAACAGAUAACACGCAGGUGUCAGCAGAGAGGGAGAUAAAGACAGCGGCUGCUAUCAAGAAGCCGAUUAUAUACUCAAACAUCUGCUGGUUUCAUCCCGUUCUUUAUGUAAUAACUUGCGCGUGGUUUGAUGACAAGACAACCCGCGCGCUCAUUCUGAGGAGGUUUCGCCAGUGCGCGAGAUGUUAUAUGUAUGGAAAGUUGAUACAGGGGAAUAAUAUUGACAAUAAUUGCACUUAUACCCAGAGGAGCUCUCCAAGGGCGGAUGCAUUACGCAGUGAGGAACGUCAGGAUUCUCCUGGAAGUUUUUGGAUCACGCGAGAGUCCGAUUGUACUGGUACAAAAUGAUUCUGUGUUUGGGAAAGUGUGAUGUCUUCAAUCUGUUCUUGAGAUUCUGCUCAAUUUAUCUGCCAAAUUAGUCAUCAACCUGAACCUGCAUUAACAUCAGAUCUGACAUGGAUGGUGAUUACAGACAGUCUCCGGCUUCAAAUGGUGACUCGAAGCUCCGCUCCAGAGGUGCCUUCUCCUUAACCAACUGGCGUUCCUCUUCAAGGACUUUAUUGCAAGGAGGAGAGGAUGUGAGCAAAAGGCUGCUGUCUAUUGCGAACCACCAACAGGAACGGACAGACUCGGGGGACAGUCCCACCUCAAAGUCCCUUGAGGUGACCGCAGGGUUAGAUGGCACAACAGCAACUACCACUGUGACCCCCUCCACUCCACCUCACCCCAACAAAGCCAUGGCCGAGUCAGCAGGGCCUUCGGAAGCCCCUCUGCCAUCCGAAUCAGAGGAAAGGGUCUUUGAUGACCAAUCCACUUUCCUCCAGAGACAGUUCGGAGCCAUGCUGCUGCCAGGGGUCAACAAGUUCUCGCUGCGGAUGUUUGGGAGUGCAAAGGGUGUCGCUGCCGAGCAAGCAAGGAUCAAAACAUUUGGGGUGUGGAUUAUACAUCCAUAUAGUGACUUCAGGUUCUAUUGGGACUUGGUUAUGCUUUGCCUGAUGAUGGGCAACCUCAUCAUUCUUCCAUGGGGUAUCACCUUCUUUGAGGAUCAGAACACGCUGCCGUGGAUCACCUUCAACGUGGCCUCUGACACCCUCUUCCUGGCUGACCUCGUCUUCAACUUUCGUACCGGCAUAAUGGAAGAAGAAAACUCCCAAAUCAUCCUGGACCCGCAAGUGAUCAGUCGGCGUUACCUGCGAGGCUGGUUUACGAUAGAUUUCAUUUCCUCUAUUCCGGUGGACUACAUCUUCCUGGUGGUGGAUAUUGAGUCCCGGCUUGAGUCGGCAGAGGUGUACCGCACCGCCAGGGCACUGCGUAUCGUCCGCUUCACCAAGAUCCUCAGCCUGCUCAGAUUGUUGCGCUUGUCCAGAUUAAUACGUUACAUUCAUCAGUGGGAAGAGAUCUUCCAUAUGACCUAUGACCUAGCAAGCGCAGUGGUUCGCAUAGUGAAUCUGAUUGGAAUGAUGCUGCUGCUGUGUCACUGGGAUGGCUGCAUGCAGUUCUUGGUGCCCAUGUUGCAAGACUUCCCAGCAAACUGCUGGGUCUCCAAAAACAACAUGGUGAAUUCCACUUGGGACGUCCAAUACUCCUAUGCGCUUUUUAUGUCCAUGAGCCACAUGCUGUGUAUUGGGUAUGGUGCUCAGGCUCCUGAUGGACCAACUGAUGUCUGGCUCACGAUGAUCAGCAUGAUUAUUGGUGCUACCUGCUACGCCAUGUUCUUGGGCAAUGCCACCAACCUGGUCCAGUCCUUGGACGCUUCCCAUCGUCAGUAUCAAGAGAAGUAUAAGCAGGUGGAACAGUACAUGUCCUUCCACAAGCUGCCAGCGGACAUGAGGCAGAGGAUCCAUGAUUAUUACGAGCACCGCUUCCAGGGCAAGAUGUUUGACGAGGAAAAUAUCCUUGGAGAACUCAGUGAUCCACUAAAAGAGGAGAUAGUGAACUUUAACUGCCGUGGGCUGGUAGCUAACAUGCCACUGUUCUCAAAUGCAGAUCCUCAUUUUGUCACUGUGCUCCUCACAAAGUUACGCUUCGAGGUCUUUCAGCCGGGCGAUAUGGUCAUCCGUGAAGGAACGCUCGGUCGUAAAAUGUACUUCAUCCAGCAUGGCUGUGUCAGUGUAAUUACUCAAGACAAUAAAGAGAAGAGACUGAAUGAUGGCUGCUACUUUGGUGAGAUAUGUCUACUGACCCGUGGCCGUCGUACAGCCAGUGUCAGAGCCGAAACAUACUGCAGACUUUACUCGCUCAGUGUGGACAGCUUUAAUGAGGUUUUAGAGGAGAAUCCAUUAAUGAGGAGGGCGUUUGAGAGCGUGGCGGUGGACCGGCUGGACCGUGAAGGAAACCGCAUUGUGCAUUCACAAAAGAGCAUGGAGAAUGAUGGGGAGUGACGGAUUCUUUGCGUGAACUCUCUCUUGAUGAAUUCUGUCCGAAAUCUCACUGAAGAUGGAUGAAUGUAGAACAAAACAUAAAGGAAAGUGUUACAGUGUCCACAUAAUUGACAUUAAUGACAAUGUACAGUUGCAGUAUGGUGUGAUUUAUCUACUUAAAAUAGUUAUAUCCUUUUCUUUCUUUGACAAUGCAAUAUAAGAAUGAUCAAUAUCAGUCCUGUAGUUCUGAUCAUGUUUAGCUGACUAUUGAUAUACUGGAUCUAUGUAAUUCAUUUUCAGUCAGAACCCAUUAGUUUAGCAGGGACCUUGAUCAAUGUGAUGACAAAUCAAUAUGCAACAAUAUAUUAUAAUACAGUUUAAUUAACAAUACAAUGAAAUGAGCAUAGCAUAAAACAUAAUCUAACAUUACAACUGUUUAUUUACUUAUUGUUUACACUCCAGGAACAUGUCUGUCUUGGAAAAAUCACAAUGCAUCAAGUUCAACCAAUCAAAAAAAGUUGAAAAUAAUAUUUUCGAUUAGAUGUUCAACAAUACAAUAAUAACACUGAAUUCUAUCUGCUUUCCGGAUCAACAUUGAGCACUUAAGAAUCAUGCACUGUAACAAAAUAUGUCAUCUGAAAGACUUGGCUGUAAGCUGGGACAUCCUGUCCACUGUCUUCUUAGCGUCAUAUUAAAGUAUUAAACAAUAUUAGUCACAUAAUCGCUGAUUAAACUCAUUUCCGUUUGGCGUGCUGAGUCCUUGAGAUGUGCUUUUGAGGAAACUAUUUACUCAGGAGCAAAUAUUAAUUUUAAAUAAAAUUUUGUUUGUAACAUUUCUACUAUUCUCUGUGGUUGUAAAAAUAAAUAUAUUUUGUCGCACGUAAUGUGUGAUAUUAUAGUGAUGAAUUAUGAGUAUUAUUGAAAAACAAUUGUAAUUCUUCUGAGUAUAAAAGUUAAUUUGAUGUUUCCAUGACGAUAUAGAGAUUGUUUCUGGGAACAAUUGUGGGAAUUUAUUUUGAUUGCAACAAUACACUAGUGAGAUGCAGUGAAGAUUGUUACUAUAAAGAUGUUUACAGCACUUUUUUACUAAAAUUCACUUGAAAGGACAUCAUAAUAUAAGCUGUAAACUACAGUCUGCAAACAGUUUAGUAGUCAUGUUAUCUGCCUGGUUUAAUAUUUACAGAUUCCCUCAUUUAAUUGCUUUCAUAUACUAAAUAAAACUACACUUCAUGUUUGUGCAAUUUAUAACUGGGGGUGAAAUGACACAGCAAAGGUGGUCUACUAAUGUGAUUACAAACAGUAUUUGGCACAGUUUUGAUUUUUUAAAUUGUAAAAUUUAUUUUCAUUGUAU